GAUUCGCAUACACUCAUGCAUACAUACAGCUUAAACACACACAAUCAUGUAGGAUGUAUGCAUACGUGCACUCAAAUCUCCCCAUUUGACCUAUUCUACAUAAUCUAGGCUAAUUUGCCAAUUCCAAUAUUGAUCGGCUCUGGCAUAGGCUAUUAGGCCUGUUUUUUUUCUUCAUUUGGUGAUAGGCUAUUUAAUUAAAUUGCCUGAUAUCGGUGAGACUGUAUGCUACGAGUUGAAUGGGGAGAUGAGAGGACGAGCGUCAGCUGUCAACCAGAUUCAUUCGGUGUUUUUUCUCUCUCGCCAUAAUCGUUUGAGCAUCGGUUUUCUUUUUAUCUGCGCCUGUUACAUUGUAACGCACUCGAUGUUAAUUCGGGGGAAUAUGUGAACAUCAUGCUGGCGGUGUGGUGCUUGGUCUUUGCUGCAGUGGGUGAGAGGCUUGCCGUGUCAGGCGACGGCAGGUCGACUUUGCUGCGGGAUGCGAGUUUGUGGGAUUGGUUCUCGCCAGAGGAGCGGGGAGACCGUAACGACAUUGCGGUCGAAGUCGCCUAUCCAAAGCGGCUGGUGCAGCAGAUGGAGUCGGAGGAAGAAAUGUCCCACGGCUAUUUGGAUACUCGUAUGAAGAAUACCACGGGAGGUACCCCCCCAGUCCAUUUGGCCCAGAGUUGUUUCCUGGUGGAAACCUUCGGACACACCUUCACCCUGGACAUGGAGUUAAACCACAACCUCCUGUCCUCAGACUACGUGGAGCGGCACUUCCACCAAGACGGCAAACCCUCGCAGUCUAUGGGAGGGGAGCACUGCUACUACCAAGGGAGGUUGAGGGGCUUACCAGAGUCCUGGGCAGCUCUCUCCACCUGUCUUGGCCUAUGUGGUAUGUUUUCUGAUGGGAUGUUCUCUUAUGGGAUUGAGCCUCUUUUCGACAGGACCAAUCAGACUGAGGGGGCCCACCUAGUGCGUAGGAUGCCUGAUGUCAGACUAUCCCCAGACUGUCAAGACUGCACAGACGACAGUGGGGGGGAUAGAGCCAGAGGUAAUGGUGAUGAGCAGAUGAUGGAUCCCCGGGUCAGUGAGGUGCUGAGGCGCUCUAAGAGACAGCUGCCGCGCAGGCCCACCGUGCAGUCAGAGACCAAAUACAUCGAGCUGAUGGUGGUCAACGACUACGAAAUGUUUGUGCAGCUGCGACGCUCCACUACCCAGGCCAGGAACUUUGCCAAAGCAGUGGUCAAUAUGGCUGAUGCAAUUUACAGGGAACAGCUGAACACACGCAUUGUGCUGGUUGCCAUGGAGACCUGGUCGUCGGCCAACAUGGUUCCCGUGGUGACCGACCCGUUGACGACGCUGCAGAACUUCAUGAAGUACAGGAAGGACAGUAUUAAGGAGCAAAGUGACACCGUGCACCUCUUCUCGGGGCGUACGUUCCAGAGCAGUCGCAGUGGGGCGGCCUACACCGGAGGGGUGUGCUCUCUCACCAGAGGAGGGGGCAUCAACGAGUAUGGGAACGUGGGUCCUAUGGCCAUCACUCUGUGCCAGAGUCUGGGUCAGAACAUUGGGAUGAGGUGGAAUAACAUACGCAGCUCUGCGGGAGACUGCAGAUGUCCUGAUUCUUGGCUUGGUUGUAUCAUGGAAGACACUGGAUAUUACCUGCCCAGAAAGUUUUCUCGCUGCAGUGUUGACGAGUACAUCCAGUUCUUGCUCCAGGGGGGCGGGAGCUGCCUCUUCAACAAGCCCAACAAGCUGUUGGACCCUCCUGAGUGUGGGAACGGCUUCGUGGAGACAGGGGAGGAGUGUGACUGUGGGUCUCAGCUGGAGUGUGCCCGUAGUGGAGGAGCGUGCUGUAAGAAGUGUACCCUGACCCACGAUGCCAUGUGCAGUAGUGGACUGUGCUGCAGUGGGUGCAGGUAUGAGCUGAGAGGAGCGGUGUGCAGACAGGCUGUGAAUGACUGUGACAUCCCAGAGAGCUGCACAGGAGACUCCAGCCAGUGCCCACAUAAUGUGCACAAGCUGGAUGGAUACAUGUGUGACAGUAGUCAGGGUCGUUGUUAUAGUGGUCGGUGCAGGACUCUCGAUGGCCAGUGUAAGGGACUGUGGGGCUACAAUUCAGCAGACCGCUUCUGCUAUGAGAAGCUGAAUGCAGAGGGCACAGAGAAGGGCAACUGUGGGCCGAGUCCUGAGGGCCAGGGAUGGCUGCAGUGCAACAAGCCGGAUGUGCUGUGUGGUUUCCUGUUCUGUGCCAAUAUGACGGUGAAGCCAAAGUUUGGGGAUCUGGAGGGGGAAGUGACCAGCCUUACAAUAUACCACCAGAACAAGUACCUGGACUGCCGAGGGGGGCAUGUCCUGCUGGAGGAUGGGUCAGACCUGGGCUAUGUAGAGGAUGGUACGCCGUGCGGCCCCAACAUGAUGUGUCUGGAGCGCCGCUGUCUCCCCGUGGCAGCCUUCAACCUCAGCACCUGCUCCGGCUCCACGCUGGGACGCACCUGCUCUGACCACGGGACAUGCAGUAACGAGGUGAAGUGUAUCUGUGACAGGGACUACACCGGGAAGGACUGCAGUGUCUUUGACCCCAUCCCUGACCCCACGCCGCCUGCCAGCACAGAGAAGAAAGGUCCCAGUGGCACCAAUAUCAUAAUAGGGUCCAUCGCAGGUGCUAUUCUUCUGGCAGCUAUAGUCCUAGGGGGGACAGGAUGGGGAUUUAAGAAUAUCCGAAGAGGAAGAUCUGGUGGAGGAUAAGAUGUCUGUCCGUCUGUCUGUCUUUGUCUGUCUGCUCCUGUCCUUCUCUCACUCUGUGAUGUUUCCAAGUCGGAGAAGAGGGAAAAAGAACAAGUCUUCCACUCCUGUCCCGAACCUCUCCAGACCUCUUCUGUUAACAUCUCCUCUCCUGUCCACUUCCUGUCUGUCCACCUGUCCAUCUCCGGGACCCUCCGGGCCAGUGUAGCACCUCCCACAUUGCAUACCAGCCAAUUAUAUUAUCCAAUCAGGAUAAAGUCUUUGCCAUGGACAGAAUGAGAAGGUUGUUGUUGGUCCCUAGAGGGGCGUCAGGGUCUUCCUCCUUUCCAGCGACUAAGUAUUCUGCACUUCGGUGUCUGCGUACUGUAGUUCCCUUUCUUUCCGCUUAUGUCAGUCCAAUGAAGAACAUGUCAACAGUGGACAAAUUCAGUAUGAGACAUGUCUUUCCAAUGCUUGUCUGGAAACACACUUCUGGCCGCUGUUUGAGAAUGCUGGACUGGCCCAGACCUGCCAUCUGAAAAACGAUUUCAAUCAUAGGAUGUUGUCAAGGAAACACAGAAAAAAAAACAUUGAUCAAAGACUCAAGUGGCCAUUGGAUCAGUUGAACUGCCCCUUUCAGAGAGGCCAUGUCGGGUGACUGGAUGACAACCCAGAUUCAGACAUGAUCUAGUUACAACAACACGGAUGUGAUCCAAGAAGAGUCCUGUAUGGGACGUGUUGUGUACAGGCCAUUUCCAAAGAAGGAAGAGCAACUUAUUGUGAGAAUGACUAUGAAACAAAAGCAGUAGACCGUUCAAAACAUCACGGACUGAUGUAGUUUUAUGGUUUAUGGUUUAUGUAGAUUGUUAAUUCUUUGUUCCUGUCUGUUGAGAUGUGUUGAAAUGUAGGAAGGGGGAGUUAGACCCUAUGGUUUUGGGAUCAUAUUUCAAAUGCAGCAGAGACCGUAACUCAGUGUUUUCAACUGUAGAUCUACCAACACAACAUUCCACAUAGUGUUAGUUAACAGAGCCUGUCUGUAUGUGUCUGUAUUCUAUUCGCCACCUUCUUAAGAGGCCCAAAGUGUGUAUGGUAAAGGAGGUUGAAACUGUGUGUGUGUGUGUGUGUGUGUGUGUGUGUGUGUGUGUGUGUGUGUGUGUGUGUGUGUGUGUGUGUGUGUGUGUGUGUGUGUGUGUGGAUGUGUGUGAGGAUGUGUGUGAGGAUGUGUAGCGUAGGGUACCAAAAUUCUGGUUACUAUCCCAAUAUUUCCAAGUUUUCUGGAAAUCCUGGUUGGAAUAUUCUCGGAAUUGUGAAAGAAUAAGCAGGGAAAUAUGGAAUCCUCCAACCAGGAUUCCUGGAAAACCAGGGAAUGUUGAGAAAGUUACUGGAAUUCUGUGUGUGCGUGUGUGAGAGAGAUUACGCGAGGAAGAGAGCAGGUGAAUGAGAAAGGUACGUGUUGUGUUUGCGACAGUUAUGCCCUUGUUCACCGUGACACUCCUGCCAACAAAACACUGGUAGAUAGUUUAUAGAUUUUUACUUCUAGAAAAAGUUAUCUUUCUGCCUGGCUUUGUGCUCGGGAGCCAAUGGCAGCACACUAACAAACAAAUGGUUUGUAUUGAAUAUGUAACGGCCAACUUAAACGAGCACUAGCCCUACAGAAUGUGGGAACACAUAUGCACAUCUAUUUGUAUAUACAGUAUGUACAAGAAGAUAAUACUGAAUGUUGAAUACAAUGUAUGAAAUUGUUUUAAAAUGCAAUGCUAAUAUUGAUUCGUUUGAUCUGUUUCAACUAAGUAUCUAUCUGUCUCCUGCCAUACAACUGUCCAUCUCCUUUAAGCCAUUCCUAGCUGUCCAUCUAUCUGUCUACCCGGCACACUGCCUAGUAAGCUAGCAAUCUGGCCAUCUAUCUAUUAUUGCAGCUGUCAAUCUAAAUGCCAUGUAAAUAUUGGACACUUAUUGAUAGGCUCUGAGCCUUACGCUGAUGAUGCUUCAACACGGUGAGUUUGAAAUGACCCCAGGACUCUUCCUCGGUGGAAAUGUGAUGAGAUGAGGUGCAUUGCUAUUGACCAGGGCCCGUAGUGCUCUGCUGGUGAAAAGUAGUGCACCAUAAGGUAAUUAGGUACCAUUUGGGACACAACCUGGGGUCUGGUACACUAUGUGUAUGGAGAGGUCUGUUUGAUUCAGCUGAGUGUCUGCACUAUGGCAGAUGCACUAUAGUUCUUCACCAUAUGUACAGAAUGUGUACAAUCUUUAGAUGGUGGCCAGUUUGCUUGCGUUUUGAAUUUAGGAAGCAGAGGAAACGCAUCGUAUAUUUUUAAACACUAUCUCUUUAAGUAGACUAUUGAAAUAAACAAUGUAGAUGAAUUGAAAUGAAAUGAAGGGGAAAUAAAAGAUUAAAGUCAAAAGUA